AUGAAGGCCAAUACCGCUUCUCCUCGCCUAGGAUUUGAGAAAUUGGCUCUUACUGAAUCGUCGCAGACUGCUCAUAGUUCUAUAUCAAUGAUGAUGCAAGGAACACUAGACUCCACACACCUCCCUUCAUUCUCAUUCACCCUUCCACCACCACUACUCGACCACAACCAGAUGCCAAUAAGAUCCAUGGCUACGUCAGCACCACUCCCAUCUCUAUUCACAUCGUCGUCACAAAUACUACCGCAUCUAUCCUUUUUAUCCGACGACUCGUUUUCAGAACAGCAUCUACAUCCAAAUUCGCUGGUACUGUCGCUGUCACCGCAACGGACCAAGAGGAGGACUUCUAUUCAGCUGAUACCGUGUGAGAUUCCGGGGUGUACAAAGACGUUUAACCAGAUUCAGCAUUUAAAGAUUCAUUUGCGAAAGCAUACAGGUGACAAGCCAUAUAUAUGUAGUUAUGGAUGCAACAAGUCGUUUUCGCAGCUAGGAAACUUGAAAACCCAUGAACGUGCUCACACGGGAGAGAAGCCAUUCAAGAUGGGCAAUAUGAAGACGCACGAGUUACUACAUCUAGGUCUGAGGCCGUUUACUUGUGAGGUUCCAGACUGUGGAAAGACGUUUACGCAGUUGGGAAACCUGAAGUCACAUCAAAUUAAAGUCCAUUCAGGCCCAGCAACCACCGCCGAAGCCUCAGAAGACGAAGAAACCCCCGACACCAAACCCGUAACCGUCGUAAGACGCCCCUCAAAACGAAAUCUUUCUCGCACCCCACGCCUCCAAUCCGCCACCCCACCAUCCCCAGCCGGUCUCUCGCCAUACUCGACAUCAGCAGUCGACUACUUAGCCGCAGCAGCGCGCAUGAUUGAAAACGCGACCAAAUCUGACACCGACGAGCUAAUCGACAUCGAAAACGUCUCUGACGACGAGGAGGAGGUUGAUAUUGAGGGCGGCACGUUCGAUGAGGUUGUGCAUAGCAGCAGUAGUGGGAGUGGGAGCGAGGAGACGGCGAGAGUUGAGGGGGCGUACUAUGAUGAUGGGGAGGAAGGCGAUUCGGAUGAGUUGACGUUUGAGAUGGAUGUUGAUGUGGAGGAGCAUGUGCUGCUGCAGAAGAUGAAGCAGGUUAUUGCCAGGUCUAGCCAGGGUUUGGAGAGUGUCUAG